UUCAGCGUAGUUUCUAUCCUAAUUCGUUUCUAUGGCCUUGUGUUCAGCUUCAUCAAGGCCCAUCAAGACCUGUCUCUUUGCGCUCCUUGCAGUUUAUCUUAGGGUGUAUUGAAUUAGGAUUUAUCCCCUAUAUUUUAUUGUUCAACUCCAACCGUUUUAAUCUGAGGGCAUUAAUCUGAGGGUCUGAGAGGUCUUUGGAUCAGACAAUUUGCGACAAUGUAAGACGCAAGGAAGAUAUACCCAUUCAAGGCUUUUUCGACAAGAACUGUGUCCAGGAAUGCUGCUUGAAGACUCACGCUUUAUUGUUUCGUCAGCCUAAACUGAGAGCGUCAGGCAGCUCCAAGCUGCUUUACUAGACCUCUUCCUACGUCUUCUGCACCCCUCGGAGUUCCUAAUGUCUGCAGUCGCCGUCACCAGCAAGACCAUGACUCCCCUGCCGCCACCGCCCGUGAUUACGCCACUCCCGCCCGCCGCGAUGGCGCCACUAUCGCCUGCUGUGGUGGCGCCACCGUCGCCGGCAGCCAGCGUUCGGUUGAAGCCGGUGUACUACCGGAGAGCAGAGGGAUCCGACUGUCCCCCAGGGGUCGGAGACACGCCUCCAAAGACGACGGAGGACCGUUUCCGCGUCAGCUCCGGCGUCCUCAUGGUGAGGAAGGACUCCCACCACCACGUGGAGAGUAAUGUGGAGAUGAUCCGCAGCCUGGCGCGCCAGAGAAACGGCCUACUGAUCUGCGCUGUGGUCUUCCUAGUGGUUUUGACCAUCCUUGUUUCCACCUGGGGGAUUUUGAAGCACUUCAGCUUCAACUGAAAUCUUCAAAUGACUGCGGCUGCGUGAAUUCGCCUGCUGAAGUUGACUUUUGAACCGGCUAGUCAGAUCACCGGAGAACGACCACAGUGACCAAACCCAGCCAACUGGCAUAGCGCACGGAGGAGAAGCGCUGAAGUUGGUCGAAGAUGAGCCUUUCAGAGAAAGUGAUGAGCCACCACGGCUGCGCAGGAGCCGAAUGAUGACUGAGAGCAAGAUCCGCGCAGCCGCCUUAGCUCAGGGGCAGAGCACUUGUCUCGUAAACAAGGGGUCGUGAGUUCGAUUCUCACAGGCGGCAGGAGUGCGCGAUGCGCGUACGUUUUGAGAUUUGUUGGCAAAGCUGAAAAAGUACACAGUCGCACAUGUAACCAGUCAUCACAUUGCCAAACGCGCUUCCCACGACAAUCGCUAAUAGGUAUAGUCGGCGUCCUAGGUCCGCUGCAAAUCGAUGGCACUGUUCUGAACAACACCAGUUGGCACGGGAAUAGGUUUCAGAGCCCAAAAGCUAUUGACGUAACUCUGGACCGCGGCACCACAUCCAGUCUCAUCACCGCUGUACCCAACCCCCCUCCCAACGCUACCCCGGGGCUGUCAGUCCAUCCCAAGAGCAUCCACUAGUCUCGGCCACCUCUCGGGCCCGUCUUUCUCCCCUCCCUCCAACUCAUGAACCCAAAUAUAUAUCCAAGUGUCAGUGUCUCACCCCAGUUCCCUAUCGAUCGUCUAUUUAAUUCAUCCCAAACGCAGAAGUGCAGUGUCCCAAAAUCUUAUUUUGGCUUGGGUGUCAAAGGGAAAAUUUCCUUCCAAAAAGGGGCAUGAGAGUGGAAAAUUGCCUUUCAGCCAAGGCCCAAAAAGAGUGAACACUGAACAAAGACCAACAGCAUUAAUUUAUAUACAACUGUGAUAAAAUGUCGUAUGUAAAACCAUCAUUCACGCACAUGCUUUUUCUCAAAUGUUGGGAGUGGAAAAUUGCCCUUAAAAAUUGGAGUUGAGAAAGCAAAAUGAUUGCAUUCGGGUGUCAUUUCCCACCCAAAUCAACAAAAUUGGGACACUGCAUAAGUGUCACGAUCAUCUUUCUCCAAAACCCUGCUGUCGAUUUGUCGCAAAUGACUCCCGUAUCCCGAAAGUAUCACGGUCUCCCCAUCCCAAUCCUGCCCCGCUCACCGUUCAAUGAAUAGUCCCAAAAGACGUGUCACGGUCGCAUCAUGUAUUGAACGGUCUACGAGUCGGACAUGGUCACCUCGACGUCCACGUCCGGCUCGAUGUUGAUGGAGGUGAUCUGUUUCACGGUAUCCUGACUGCUGUGCAGGUCGAUCAGACGCUUGUGGAUGCGCAUCUGGAACCUGAAAACGUGGCCGAGGGAAGGGUAGUUAGAAGGCUUAUUGGGUGGGUUUGGUGAUUGGUUAUCACUAGCGCUGAGCGACUAAGUAUAUGCGAGGGAGCGUAAUUUGAUCUGGUAAUAAAAUGAAAUAAGUUAGCGA